CUCAGCUGCAGCCGGGAUCUGCCCCCGACCCCGCUGGGAUCCAGACAGGCUGCAGAAUGACGUCCAUGUUUUGCUCCAGCUCAUCCCAGCCUGGCAUGGGACAGGGAAGAGAAAUGGCUGCAGUGGAGUCAGUCCAGGGGCCAGUGACCUUUGAGGAGGUGGCUGUGUACUUCACCAGAGAAGAGGGAACUCUGCUGGACCCCACUCAGAGAGUCCUCUACAGGGAUGUCAUGCAGCAGAACUAUGAGAAUGUGACCUCGCUAGGGUUUCUAGUUUUCCAACAUGAUGUGAUCUCCCAGCUGGAACAAGGGGAAGAGCCAUGGGUCCCAGACCUCCAGGGUUCAGAGGAAAGAGAGAUCCUGAGAUCUUCCUGCACAGGUGAGAAAACAUUAAACCAGCUCAGAAUCUGCGAUGCAAUGGCAUGUGAGAAAGAGGAGCAGAAUUCUCAGCCUGAAAAUGUUGAGCCAGUGGGUAAAAACAGAGCAUUAUCACAAAGAUCGAAAAGGAAUGUGUCCAGCAGUCAUGAGGAGGGAAAAUUCUGGGAGAUUCAUCAUAGACCAGAAACAGAUCAAGGAAACCAGCCAGGGGAGAAAGUGGAUAAAUUUAUUUCCUCUUGGGGAACUCAGAAGGUCCUCAUGGAAACCACAACCCAGCAGGAUAUCCUUAAGCAAAAGAGAAAAAAUACAUGGAGUGGGUGUGGAAAAACCUUUUCUCGCAGCUCAGCCCUUUCUGUACAUCAGAGAACCAACACACGGGAGAGACCCUACAAAUGCAGUGAGUGUGGGAAAACCUUCAAUUGA